GGUGUCAGGCCUGUUUGAGAAAACAACGGUAGUUUUUCUGGCAACAUUUGAAUUCCUUGGUUAAAAGUAGGCAUUUCUUAACACUUUACAGGACAAAGAGAUAAUAUAUAAUAUAUAUAGUUUUACAGCCAUGGCUCUUGAAGCUCAGGGUGGACCUCAACUUGAACUGGAGGCUGUUAUUGGAUUCAACGGGCAUGUGUUUUCUGGCCUGAGCGUCCAUCCGGACAGAGAGCAUCUGAUCUACCCUCUGGGAUGCUCAGUUAUACUGAAGAGAAUCAAAGAUGGCAAGCAGGAGUUCCUGCAUGGGCACACAAACAAUGUAUCCUGUAUUUCAGUGUCCAAAAGUGGAUCAUAUAUUGCUUCUGGACAGGUGAACUUUAUGGGCUUUAAGGCUAUGAUUAUCAUCUGGGACUAUGCACAGCGAACAACCUAUGCCCAGCUGCAGCUCCACCAGGCAAAGGUAGAGGCACUGGCCUUCUCUCCCAAUGACAAGUACCUGGUGUCCCUUGGAGGUCAGGAUGAUGGCAGCAUAGUGUUGUGGAAUAUUGAGACCAAGCAGGCCAUCUGUGGGAACGCAGCUUCCGCGCAUAGUGCCGGUCACUGCCUCUCGGUGCGGUUUGUAAACACAAACGACAAUACCUUUGUUUCUGCUGGAAGCGGAACAUUGCAAGUCUGGGAGCUGGACCUCCCCAACAGGAAGAUCAGGCCCACAGAGUGUCAGCUAGGCAAGCUGAAGAGGACUGUGAAAUGUAUAGAGAUCCAAGAGGACGAUGAAUUCAUUUUCUGUGGCACCACCAGUGGAGACAUAAUGAAAAUCAACCUGAAGUCGCGGCUUCUGAGUGACUGUGGUCCAGUUAAAGCUAAAUACAGCCUGGGUGUCAAUGUCCUAAGGAUACUGAGGUCUGGGGACCUGCUUGUAGGCUCUGGAUCUGGCACCUUCAAUCUGUGUUCCAGGACUAACUUCAAAAGUCUUAAGAGUGUCCAGCUGGAGAAGGGGGUGACCUCCAUCGCUAUAAGAGGAGAGGGCCAGCAGUUCUAUGUUGGGACGGAGGCCGCUCAGAUGUACCGCUUCAGUUACGACAACUUCCAAGCUGAGCUCAUUUCCACCAGCCACAGCAGUGCUGUCAAGGACGUAGCCAUACCUUUUGGAACAUCCGUAUUAUUUGCAACCUGCUCUGAGGAGGACAUCAGGCUGUGGCACAUAGACAAGCCCAAAGAGCUGCUGCGCAUCACCGUACCCAACAUGACCUGCAAUUCCCUGGACUUCAUGUUGGACGGACAUAGCAUCAUCAGUGCAUGGAACGAUGGUAAGAUUCGCGUGUUUGGGCCAGAAAGUGGCCGGCUCAUGCUCAUCAUUCACAAUGCACACAAAAUGGGUGUGACAGCCAUCGCUGGCACCAGAGACUGCAAGAGGAUCGUCAGUGGAGGUGGAGAGGGGCAGGUCAAUGUCUGGGAGCUGCUGCCACAUGGCCAUCGGCUGCUCGGGACCAUGAAAGAGCACAAAGCCACCGUCACUUGUAUCAAAAUCAAGGGUGACGACAAAGAGUGUCUCACUGCCGGCGCUGACGGCGCCUGCAUCAUCUGGGACAUAGUGCGGUUUGUGAGUCUUCAAAUGGUGCUUGCCAACACCCUGUUCCGGACCGUGUGCUACCACCCAGAGGAGUACCAGAUCAUUACCAGUGGCAGUGACAGAAAGGUUGCCUACUGGGACGUGUAUGACGGAUCUGCCAUCAGAGAACUGGAGGGAUCGCAGUCUGGGGCCAUCAAUGGCAUGCACAUCUCAGAGGACGGCAAACACUUUGUGACAGGUGGAGAUGACAAGCUGGUGAAGGUGUGGGACUACAUGGAAGGUGCAGUAACCCACAUAGGAAUCGCUCACAGCGGCAGCAUCACCUGCGUCAAGGUCUGCUCCAACGACCGCACCUUAAUCAGCACCAGCGCCGAUGGGGCCAUUCUCAGAUGGAGAUUCCCUCACCCCUCUUCCUCUUAAUGUGAUAAGUGGAGUGCUGGACUCUACAUGUAGAAGCAACCGAACCUUUUAAUCCAGUAACACCACACUCAUACUCAAGAUAUUCUCCUUUAGUCUUUCCUUUUAGCAAAUAUUCCUAUGAGAGUCCAACAAUCUUGUAUUAAAAAUUGCAGAAUAGGUUCAGACCAAAGGAAAUAAAUGUGAUUUUGUU